AACCUUUUGCACAUAAAAAGAUAUGGACUUUUUUGAUAUAUGUGUCUCUGAAUCGUUACAGUAAAACCCUAGAUCACUUGUAUGAAAUCUGUGAACUGAGGCUGGGGUAAUUGUAAUACCACAGAGGUAUUGAAGGGUUUUCAAACUUUUUUAAGGACUCUAUUCCCGAAGGCUAGAGAUUCCCUUUAUAUAGUAAUAGUAUAAUUUUAUACAAAACAGAUUAGAGGUAGAGAAAGGAGAUCAUCUAUUAGAAGACAUGGAGAGCAUAGAAGAAUGAAUAUGAAAAAUGGAAGGAAAAGAAAACAGGGUUGUGAUUCGACUUGAAGAUCCCCUAAUUGGAAUCCACACUGAGAACAAAUAUAGUCACUCCACACCACUACCACUUGCCGCCGCCACCUCCACCACCAGCAAACUCAAACAACUUAUCCUUUCAUCACAACCCAAACCUGUAUUUGGUUGGCGUGGUCAAUCACGUGACAGCAUUGGAACUGUCCUAUGUGUUGACGAUGAUGGGAUUCUGCGUGUCGGUUUUCCUGGAGCAUCUAGAGGAUGGAAAGCUGAUCCAACAGAAAUGGAAAGGGUUGAAGAAUUCAAGGUUGGUGACUGGGUUCGUAUUCGCCCCACCCUUACUACUGCAAAGCAUGGAUUGGGAUCCGUAACACCGGGGAGCAUUGGUAUUGUAUAUUGUAUCAGACCAGAUAACAGUGUAUUAUUAGAAUUGAACUAUCUUCCACAUCCGUGGCAUUGUGAACCAGAGGAGAUUGAACCUGUUGAGCCAUUCAAGAUUGGUGACCGGGUUUGUGUGAAGCGCUCUGUUGCAGAGCCCAGAUAUGCUUGGGGUGGUGAAACCCAUCAUAGUGUUGGAAAAAUAAGCGAGAUAGAGAGUGAUGGUCUCCUGAUGAUUGAAAUUUCAAAUCGGCCCAUACCAUGGCAGGCUGAUCCUUCAGACAUGGAAAAAGUGGAGCAUUUCAAGGUUGGGGAUUGGGCUAGAGUAAAAGCUUCAGUAUCAUCCCCAAAAUACGGGUGGGAGGACAUCACAAGGAACAGCAUUGGGGUGAUCCACAGUUUGGAGGAGGAUGGUGAUAUGGGAAUUGCCUUUUGCUUCAGGAGCAAACCUUUCUGUUGCUCUGUGACAGACGUGGAGACGGUGCCUCCUUUUGAAGUGGGACAAGAGAUCCGUGUGAUGACAUCUGUUACUCAGCCACGGCUUGGAUGGUCAACUGAAACUCCUGCGACUGUUGGAAAAAUUGUCAGAAUUGACAUGGAUGGAGCUUUAAAUGUAAGAGUGGCUGCCAGAAAUAGCUUGUGGAAAGUUUCUCCUGGAGAUGCAGAACGACUUUCAGGAUUUGAAGUAGGCGAUUGGGUACGUUCAAAGCCGAGCCUUGGGACCAGACCCAGUUAUGAUUGGAACAGUAUUGGGAAAGAAAGUUUAGCAGUUGUGCAUAGUGUACAGGAUACAGGUUAUUUAGAAUUGGCAUGUUGUUUCCGUAAGGGAAAGUGGAUCACCCAUUACACGGAUGUCGAAAAGGUUCCAGGAUUCAAAAUUGGACAGCACGUUAGGUUUCGAGUUGGGCUGGUUGAGCCACGGUGGGGCUGGAGAGGGGCCCAACCUGAUGCAAGGGGUGUUAUAACAAAUGUUAAUGCUGAUGGAGAAGUAAGGGUGGCAUUCUUUGGUUUGCCAGGCUUUUGGAGAGGAGAUCCUGCAGAUCUCGUGCUGGAGCAGUUGUUUGAAGUGGGGGAGUGGGUCAGAAUGAGGGAGAAUGCAAGUAGUUGGAAAUCUGUUGAGCCAGGUAGUAUAGGUAUUGUACAAGGUAUUGGGUACGAAGGAGAUCAGUGGGAUGGUAGUGUUUUUGUUGGAUUUUGCGGGGAACAAGAUCAAUGGGUUGGACCUAGUAGCCAUCUUGAAAGAGUGGAUAAGCUUAUGGUUGGGCAGCGGGUUAGGAUUAGAUCCUGUGUGAAGCAGCCAAGGUUUGGUUGGUCGGGCCACAGCCAUGCAAAUGUUGGGAUAAUAGCGGCAAUUGAUGCAGAUGGAAAGUUGAGAAUAUAUACUCCCGCUGGCUCUAAAGCUUGGAUGCUAGAUCCGUCUGAAGUAGAUCUGGUGGAGGAAGAGGAGAUUCACAUUGGAGACUGGGUUAGGGUCAGGGCAUCAGUUUCGACCCCUACUCAUCACUGGGGAGAUGUGACUCAUUUGAGCCUUGGAGUGGUGCACCGCAUAGAAGAUGGGGAUCUUUGGGUAUCAUUUUGUUUCACCGAGAGACUAUGGUUAUGCAAGUCUUGGGAAAUGGCAAGAGUCAGACCAUUCAAAGUUGGGGACAGAGUGAGGAUCAGGGAAGGGCUGGUGACACCACGUUGGGGAUGGGGGAUGGAAACACAUGCAAGCAAAGGUCGAGUGGUGGGGGUAGACGCAAAUGGAAAGUUGAGGAUUAAGUUUCAGUGGAGAGAAGGGAGACCAUGGAUCGGAGAUCCUGCUGAUAUUGUUCUUGAUGAAAGCUCAUCUAAUACAACUGGCUUCUUAUGAAACUCAAAGUGCCUUCUCAAUCCCUUUCUUGCUUGAGAGCAUACGGGUUUCGGCUCUCAACACGUUUCAAAGGUGAGAAGCUGCUGCUGCACUAGGCUGUCGAUUAUUUAUGCAUGAUACGAUUACUGCAGUGGAUGAUACAGCGAUCGGAUACGCGUGUUUAAUAAACAAAGAGCAGAGAGAAUGAAACAGAGAAGGGUUUAGAUUGGCCUGCCAUUCAGUUGAUGAGCACUGCGCCAAUUGUAUUUGCAUUUAACAGAGGUGAGCUUUCUAGUGUAUAGCAUAGACAUGGUGUGACUAUUUCAUUCUGUACAAAGUAGAUCCUACGAUCUUAUUUAUUUAUUAAGUUUUUGGUAGUCUGAAGACGUUUAUUUGCCUGGCACCUGAAAAGCCUAUGCAUCGUUGUUACAUAUGUUUUGUUUAUUACAUUCUGG